UUAACUUCUCCUUACCAAAAUAAAGUUUUUAAGCAAGUGUACGAUUGUUGUUCGGAAAAUAAAUAUCUUGUAAAACCGGCAAUAUAAAUAUUAGAGUGCUUAAAAAAAGAAGUGUACAUUUUUUUAAAACUUAAAAAUACAAGUGCGCCCCGCGUUCUAUUUUCCGUGUGGACUCGGGUGGAUUCGGUUGCGAAAAGUGGCGACGCUCGGUCGUCUCCGGCGGCAGUCGCCGCGAGGAGGGCGUCCUUCCAACCCCGCCCGUGAGCAACAGAGACAGAGCAAGCUGCUGACAUGGCGACAACACGAAUGGGUUGAUGUUUUUCACGUGGAAAACUCACCUCAUCCCUUUUCACGUUUAUGCCAAGGUAUGUCUUUCUAAAUACAGUAAUGACAAAUUAAAUGAACACAAUCCCGCUAAGGGUUGGUGUGAGUUUAUCUUCACUCUAAAUAUUACCGUAACAGUAAGUCAUAGAGUGCGAAAUAAUAACCACGUUUUUAAUUAAAUAUCUCUGAGAUCUACAAGGAUAUUAGGCGGAAGCCAUCAUAGGUUACGAUUGGCGGAUUAAAAUAGACAUUCGUUACGUCUAUCAUGGUCAUCAUAACAUAGUUAGGUACCGGUCUCACCCUUAUCUAAAAGUGGCUAAAUAUAGAAUACUGACAUCCCGGACUGGACAUUUUUAAAAGGGAUGAGUACCAUUUAGAAUGAAAUAGUUGUCCCCACCCUCUUCAUGAAAAUCCGGCAUGAAAAUAGUUUGAAUUUGACCGCGAACAGUGGGAGGGCGAAAUCUUCCGCGUCGGGAUGGAAUCAAUAAAUUUCAAUAAAUCAAUAUUUUACCGUGCACCCUGCGCUGAAUAUAUCCGCUGCCGCCAUUUCAAUGAUGACGGCGUAUUUUUUUGUGAGAGAUAUUCGAGUCGCGGAGCGAGUCGGCGUUCGUGGCGCGGGGUUGCGGGCUUCGGCCGUCAGUCGUCGGGUGAGCGGGGUGCGGCGUAAACGCGGACUCAGACUAUGGCGGAAGGGCUGAUCGUCAUUCCCAUAAAAGGGUCGAGUUAAUUGUGGUGCAGAUACGUGUGGUUCCCCGCGGCCAUCAUAAAGAAUGCACUAACACUAUGAAAACUGAAAAUGGCUAUUAAAAAGUAAACAUUAUCUAUUGUUGAAGUUUUGUUGUAUUGUUCAUGGAACAAGAGAGAAUACUUAUGUAUACAUUGAGAAAUUGUUGGUAAAUUAGUUUUUAAGCCCUGACUGGUAAAGAUCAUUAUCUUCCAAAGAAGAAAAAUACGAGACAAGAUGGCGACACAAAGAUUUUGUUUGCGGUGGAAUAACCACCAAUCCAAUAUGUUGUCUGUGUUUGAUCAACUAUUACACGCAGAAACAUUCACUGAUGUAACACUGGCCGUGGAUGGGCAGUUGCUUAAAGCACAUAAAAUGGUUUUGUCGGCUUGCAGUCCUUACUUUCAAGCGUUGUUUGUAAACCACCAAGAGAAACAUCCAAUCGUAAUAUUGAAGGAUGUGCCCUAUUCAGAUAUGAAGAGUUUAUUGGACUUCAUGUAUAGAGGGGAAGUGAGCGUAGACCAAGAAAGGUUAACGGCCUUUUUGAAAGUGGCAGAGAGUUUGAGGAUAAAAGGCCUCACAGAAGUUAACGAGGAGAAAUGUGAUAUUCCAGCUCUCACUAAUUCACUUAUCCAACAACAGACAAAUGCGACAGCACACACGCCUCCUCCUCAAUUACACAGAAUACAUCCAUAUAUGCACCAGAAACGGCCAGCAUCAGGUAUGCCUAGUGGUGGAGCACCCCCAAAUUUAUUAAUGCCUUUAUUGGGCAACGCCUUAAUGCAACCGAAACGGAAAAGGGGUCGACCUAGAAAACUGAGUGGGAGUUCAAGUGAUGCUUUAAACACAGCAGCGAGUCCGCCUGGUGAAUUUAUACCAGAAUCUGCAUCAUCCAAUCGACCUGCUGGCGACCAACUGAUACGAGGUUCUCCUGAAAUGUUAGAGGUGAAAAUGUCCAUGGAUGGGUUCAACGCUGAAGACGGUGCGACAUCUGGCGGCGAAGAGACUGGCGAAGCUCUGUUGAUUGACGAGGGCGAUGACGCCCAGUCCGCAGAAGCGCCGGUUGGCAAAGACUCUGAAUCUGCAGAUCCUGAUAAACCACCAAAAGAGGAAACGCCCCAAAACUUUCCUAGUAAUGGACCAGUUCUAUCUAUUGAAAAUGGAUCCAUAAAACAAGAACCUUCAGCAGAUACUAUGGACGGUUAUAACGAACCUAUCGAAUAUAAAUACAAACCAGAUCUAAGUCGCGAAAACUCUAAUUCACAGGAUGGUCCCAUCAAAGAUACAGAUGAUAAGAGCAGACUAGGUCGUAACUUAAAACCAAAGAAUAGUAAAAAAUUGCUACCCCAAAUGUCCAAAAUUAGAGCUCGAAACUUAUUCAAUCAGCUAUCUGGUCUUUCUAAUUUGAACCCCGCACUCAACACUUUCGAUAAGUUUCCGCCUGAAACUGUUCUCAUGCCAGCUCUCGCCACUCAACUGUUCGCUGCUGAACUCGAGCAGAACAACUUAAACUUGGCCAACAACGAAAUGUCCGAUUUAGGGCAAACCAAUUGGGAACAACGCAUAUUUCCCUCUCCAAUCAGGAAAAAUAAUAUAGGUAGUGUUGGAAACUACCACGAGGAGAAUAAUGAGUCAGUUAGGGACUUUUGUAUCAAGGAAGGGGAAAACGUAUUCAGAUGUAAGAUUUGCGGAAGGGUUUACACUCACAUUAGUAACUUUUGUAGGCACUAUGUAACAUCUCACAAGAAAGACGUUAAAGUGUUUCCUUGUCCCAUAUGUUUCAAAGAGUUUACUAGGAAAGAUAACAUGAUAGCACAUUUGAAAAUUAUACAUAAAAAUCAGCCUAACGCCAGCGAACAAAUGGCCAAACAGGAGUCCUAAUUGUCUAAACUUACUAAAGCUAAGUGAAUUUAAAAAAAGAUCUGAUAAUCGAAAUUCGUAGGUUUGGUUUAUCUUACACACUAAAUACUUAAUGAACACAGUGAGUUAUAAUAAAUAUGUAGUAGAUGACGAUUGAGUAAUUUCGAGCUCUAAGUUUCAAGAGUAGGUAUAUCAGUAAGUUUGUUGAUAAUCAAUGUCGUUUGUUGUUAUAUUUAAGUAACUAUUUAUUUAUGUUUGUUCCAUUGUUUCACAGAGUGCUGAAUUUCAAAGAGAUUUAAAAAAGAAUAUCUAUGAUUUUUACUUGUUAUUUUGCACUUGUUACUUAAUUUUAUUACUUACAAAAUUUCAGGGUACAAAGUAACUACUCAUGGUGAUUAUAGAAUCAAAGGUAGUCUAUUCGAUUACUUUUAAUGCGCUAAAUAUAACAUACAAUUCUCAUUGAACUGAACUAGAAAUUAGAGUUAGGUUAGUAGUUAAUAACGAUUGUAACAAUGGCGUAGUCUAUUUGUAUGAAAGUGAACACGCAUUACGUAUGCAUCUCUAACUGUUCAAAAUGUCAACGAAUGAGGCUAAAAUGGCUCUUUAUGAAAAAAAAAAAAAUUUACAAAAGCCGUUGUGUAGUGGAGAAAAAUGCAUUUUCAUUUAACUUGCCUUAUUAGUGAUUUUAGAUUAAAUUAAAUGAUAAUUAACUUCUUCGAAGUAAAACUCAACACAGGCUAUGAUUAUUUUUUCUAUUAUUUAUUUGUUAAGAUUAAUUUAAAAAUAUUUUAUCAAUGUUGAAAUAUUUGGAUGUAAAUGUUUUUCUUUACUUUAAAAAAGGAUAUAGGAACCGGAUACCGUGUAUAAACGGACCAGUAUCCCGAGAAAAUAUUGUAACAUAAUAAUUAGUGACAGAUUAUUUCUACAAUAUUGGUGACCAAAUUAUUAUUUCCAAAACUAUAUUUACAAGAGGUGACAAUAGUAUGAUGCUCGCUUCGGUACGCAUUAUUAGUGAAAAGUAUAAAUAGCAAAAUAUAGGAUAGCUAAUAAAAAUCUCAUAUUAACAGCGAAAUGAUAGAAUAGUUUGAAAUGUUCAGAUCUUGUAUAGAUGAAAUGGCCCCAAAUGCAACUUUUUAGUUUUUCAUCAUCGGUACAGUAAGAUUGCUGUAGAAAUACAUACUUAUUUAUAAGGAAGAAGAAAAACAUGAAUGCAUAUAUAAGUAAAGACAAUACAAACAGAAGAAAAUUUCGAAUUAAACACUCAUAAAUGCUAUUAACGCAUGCACCUACAUGGGUUUCAUACAACAUUUUGAACCGAUACCUACCUAGUUGAAUUUCUCGAUGGUAGCUAUGUUUGUAUACAAACGUAUGUAAUGUACAUUUAUAUAAAUCAUAACGAAAUGUUAAAAUUUAUUAAAAUGUAAAUAUAAUGUAAUUACAACACGGCGUUGUUGUGAAAGUGAUCUUAGCAAGGUGCUUUGAAAUGAAUGAUUAUACUGUCAGGAAUCAUGAGAUGAUUUGUAUAUUCUAUUUUAGUAGAACUCAAAAUGCCUUAAAUAUUAUGAUAAGAAAAUGGUACUUAUAAAUUAUUUAGUUAAACUUAGAGGCAAAUGUAGUCUUCCAUAUAAAUAUAGUGACACUAUUCUUCUUAAUUUCCUAUGUAAAUGUUAUUACUUUCAAUUGAAAAAUAUUUAAUUAUAUGAAAAUAUUUAGUACGAUUGUACUUAAAAUUAUGUUUGAUGACCCUCAUGCCCAAUCUUUCCAUUAUGGUGAAUUGUAGGUCCAGGAAACGCUUGCCUACUAGUGUGCCUUUACUUGUAAUAUAAGUUAUAAUAUUUAUCGACUACUACUAGGAAAAUAAGAAAUUUCAAAGAAUGUUAUGUAUUUAUUUAUUUUCAUUAUUCAGAGUUUACAUCGACUUUAAGAAGCUUCUCUAGAAGAAACCUUUUAGGCCCAAGUAGUUAAAAUAUUAAAAUUAUUAUUAAACUAAGAAUAUCAUCUCAUGUUUCCCAUUUUAUUUGGAAAAUGACUAAAACAUGUAUCAUGGGAAGGGAUUUAAUGUUUCGAGGCGAUUGAGUCUUGAUAAAUCAAUAUUAAGACUGUAAAUUCAUUAAAAAACGAAUUUAUUGUACCUACUACCUUUCAUAACUUUAUAUGAAAUUUAUCUUGGACAUUGAUAGGUACUUAAAAAAAUAUGAAUUUAGAAUUAAUAUUUGAGGCUAUUAUGGGAAGUUUCAAGGAUAUAAUUACUCAUUAUAGUCAAUUUAGCCAGUGCCUAAGCUAUCACCUUCAAAAUUUCUUCUACUUAUCUAAACUUUUAGUGGAACUAGGUACCGACUGUUUAUUUUGAAAACAUCUUGAAUUUGAAAAGCAAUUUUAUUGUUUUAUCAAUCGUUUUAUAUUUAUUAUUCAUCAAUAUAAUAUUAUUUAUUAAAUGUUAUAUCAUCUAUUGGUGCUAAAUUAUACUUAAGGGAAUGUCACAUCUAAUGUGACUAAGGAUUGUCCCUCUAAUUAUACAUAUUGUUUGUUAAUAUUGUUAUGUUGUAAAAUACAUAUUUAUAUUUAAGAUAUCCUGUUUUAUCACAGAUAAAAAUAUUAGUUUAUAAAUAAAAUAUUAUGAGACUUCGUUCAAAGCAAAUUGGAAAGCUUUUAAUAAAAAUGAUUUUAGUUAUUCAUCAACAUCGUCAUUUACGUACAUGAAUCUAAGUUAUACAGUUAAAGCAAUAAUCAGAAUAAAUAAAUGUACAUGUAGAUUUUUUAUGAAAAAUAAAACACGAAAAUAUUGUUUUGUAUAAUCAAACAGUGGAGAUAAUAUAAUAAAAAUAUUUAUUUUUAAUAUAUUAAGAAAUUACUCAUUCUGACAAUUGUUUAGGUACAAAUAAUACAUUUCAAUAGGUUCAGUGAAUUUCUUGACAAAAUCCUUUUCUAAUUAUGAUUUAAAAAUAUAGUCAGGGAGCAUCUUAGUUGAGGCAAAUCUUAUACAAUGUAUUUAACAUGUGUUUUUGGUUAUAGAAAAUACAUUAAAAUAUUUACGUCAACAAAAAAAAGGUGUCGGUAACCCCUAUUAAUAAGCUUUUGCCCUAAAAUAUAUUUUCUCAGUAGAUAUAAAAUUGCAAGUUUUAUUAAUUAAAAUAGAUAUAAUUUCAGAAGAUGUUUCUUUAAGAGCUUUAAAUAUAUUUCAUCUUAGUCAAAGAGCAUUUACAUAUAUAUUAGAUGAUUUAUUAGACAAAUGUCACACAUAGGGGUUAUUUGCGAAAGGAGUAUUAUAAUAGAAUAAAUACAUUAAACUGGUAGUUUAAUUGUGGCAGCUAUUUUACUGUGCAAAUAAAAACCAAAAAAAUAUAGCUAUACGGUACUUCAUGUACCAUCUUAUAAGCUGUGAUCUUGUUCUGUGUAAAAGAAAGUUAUUGAAGAUUAUAGAUUUUUAUAAAGGGAUUUUGAGGAAUUCUCUGAAAUAUUAUCAGCUCUCGUAGGGUGUUUCUUGUAUACCUACUAACAGAUAGAUAAUGUUUAAACAGUAAUAAGUAUGGAUUGAAUUCACACAAAGUACGAUAAAAUAGUAUCUAGCCAAAUGUUUUAAAUAAAUCAUUUUUUUUGUUAUUUGCACUUAGACAAUAGAGAAAUGCAAAGAGUAAUGUUUAGAAUAUUUAGGAUUGACAGUUACACAUUAUAGAAUUACCUAUUUGUUGAAAGAUACAUUGGUAUACAUUAAGGUGUUAAUUACUAUUUUUAGAAUCUUUAAAGAAAAUAAAAGUUACAACAAAAUAGCAAAAAAUUUUCAAUCAUUAUAUUUAUUAUGAAUUAUAUUUUAUGUUUUGUUAUAUUAAUUUAAAACCCAAUAAUUUUUUGUUAGUGUAUUUUUUUAUAUUGUGAUUCUUCUGUUUUACUUAAUAGCUUAUAGUAUUUCUCACUCUCUAAAUUGAGUAUAUAAAAUAAUUAUAGUUAAAUUUAUUGAAACUGUAACUUGCCAGCAAAUAUUGUCGACACGUUUAAUAAAAAUCUAAUCAUCAGUCUCACGACAAAUAUUUUAAUUGUCAAUGGUGAUAAUGUUGCAACGACGGUCGUUAAUUUUUCAUUUAUAAUAUCAAUAAAAAUAAUAUGAAAUGAAUAUUAAUUUAUAAUUGUAGCAAAGUAACAACACGGGUUAUUAGUAAAGAAUAGUAUAAAAGUUAAGUUAUUUAUAAUUAAUAGACUUAAAUAGUGUUGUUAACAAUUGAGUGAAUUUCUAAACUAGAACUUUAUGUAGUCAGGAAGAGAGGACUGAUCAGGUAUGUUUUCCUUUACUACUGUCAUGUCUAGUAGAUGGUGUGGCUAGUGUGUACAUUUGGUUAUUAUGCUUUCAACGUUGCUCAAAUUUAUGCUAUGCAAUGAACAAAGUAUUGUUGAUCCAGUACAAAUUGUCGCUUUUUAUAUUUUAUUUUUUACAAAAAAAUAAUAAAGAAAUUAAUGCAAUAAGUAUCCAAAUGUUAACUGUUAGACGAGGCUAAUUAUUUUAUUCAUAUACAACUUUUAUUAUUUAACUACGUUCAGAUUGUCUGAAUUUUAAUUUUCGUUUCUUAUUUUCGGAAUGGCAGCUAAGUUCUUAUGCAACCUUCACAGUUUAUUUAACUAUCGAUUACUACAAAACCCACCUUUUGUGAUCUAAAGAGCUAAGUUAACUGAAGUGUUAUUUUUUUUAUCGUGUAUGUACCUAACUACUGAACUUGCCGUAACAGUUCCAAAUGCAAAUACUUGAGUCCUAUUAAAUCAUAGUGAAAUCUGUUCUUUUUUGUUAAAUUAUUUUUUAAUUUAUUUAAUUGAUAAAUUGUAAGAAUUAGGAUAAAUAGUUUUCAUUAAGCAGUUUAACUUUGCUACAGUUAAUUGUUCAAAUCUCAACAACCAACAUAACACUAUAGACGAAGGUGUUGUAAUUUUACUAUAUUCAUUUACAUUUUUUGUUUUCAAAACUUUUCUGUUGUUUAAAAUUAUUCCUUUUGUUUUUAGAAUUUAUUUUUUAAGUUUGGACAAACUACAUGGAUGAGGAGUAUUCAGCAAUGAUUGUAAAAGGUGGUACGGAAGCUACCAAUACAUUACCUACUAAAUAAGUGUUCUAUCAAUCUAACAAAGCAAAAUAAAUCAUCCAUGUAGUAUGAUCAUCAUCAACGUUCUUUAAUCAUGGUGUAAUCAAUUCGUCAUUCGAUUUGAACAAAUAAAGGUUAAUAUAUUUUCUUUGUUUGUUUUUAUUUUCACCCUUUUCGUUGUUUUUUUUUCUUGUAAUUGAUACUCAUUCAUGACUAUAUGCUUUUAUCCCAUGCAGUAGGUACAUUUAGAUUCAUCAACCUUGUAGUAAUUCGUCUGUAGAUUAAACAUUUAGAAUUU